UUGUCAGUUGCCGGCGUAGCGCGCGUGACGACAUGACGUCACGCCGCCGGAUCGGAGAAGAGCCGGGCUGCUCGCAAAAGAGGAUCCGCCGGCGGCUAAAGAGUGUGGUGUAAAGUGAAAUUGAAGUUCAGUUGUUCAGACUGCACCUAUCUUUGGAAAGAGGACUAACUGCAUCAAGAAUGCAGAGACAGAGGAAUUUGAAUGGACAGGGGGAUGCAGCGGAUAUGAUUGCAGACAUGAGUGAUGAAUAUUCAGAAAUUAGUAAUGGAUGUAGCAAAGCUAGAAUUGGAACUCAGAAAGAAGCUGCUUUGCUUGCUUUGAUGGAAGCAACUGGGUACAACAUGGUUCAAGAAAAUGGACAACGCAAAUUUGGUGGUCCGCCUCCAGAUUGGGAAGGUCCACCUCCACCACGUGGCUGUGAAGUUUUUGUGGGAAAAAUUCCUCGUGACAUGUAUGAAGAUGAACUUGUCCCUGUAUUUGAGCGAGCUGGAAAAAUCUAUGAAUUUAGAUUAAUGAUGGAAUUUAGUGGUGAGAAUAGAGGUUAUGCUUUUGUCAUGUACACAAGCAAAGAAGAAGCCUUGAUGGCUAUUCGCAUGCUGAAUAAUUAUGAGAUUCGACCAGGCAAGUUCAUUGGAGUUUGUGUAAGUUUAGAUAAUUGCAGGCUUUUUAUUGGUGCCAUUCCAAAAGAGAAGAAGAAAGAAGAAAUAUUGGAGGAAAUGAGGAAAGUAACAGAAGGAGUAAUAGAUGUAAUUGUGUACCCAAGUGCAACUGACAAAACAAAGAACCGCGGCUUCGCCUUUGUAGAAUUUGAAUCGCACAGAGCAGCUGCCAUGGCAAGACGAAAAUUGAUUCCAGGAACUUUCCAGUUAUGGGGCCAUACUAUUCAGGUUGAUUGGGCAGAUCCAGAAAAGGAAGUUGAUGAAGAAACAAUGCAGAGAGUGAAGGUUUUGUAUGUAAGAAAUUUGAUGAUAUCUACUGCAGAAGACACCAUUAAAGCAGAAUUUAACAGAUUUAAGCCUGGGGCUGUUGAACGUGUGAAAAAAUUGAGGGACUACGCAUUUGUACAUUUUUUUAACAGAGAAGAUGCUAUUACAGCAAUGACAAUAAUGAAUGGGGAAUGUAUCGACGGAGCAAGCAUUGAGGUUACUUUGGCAAAACCUGUAAAUAAGGAAGUUAAUUGGAAACAGCAUUUAAAUGGGCAAAUGGGUCCCAAUGUUGAAAGUUUGCUUAAUUUUGCUUAUAAUGAAGAAGGGAGCCAGAGGUCCCUUGCAAGAUGUACAAGUCUUUCAACAGUUUUUAGUGGCCGACACAGCCCAACAUCUUCAGAGCCCGAAAGAUGCACUUACCCUUUGUAUCCUGGAACAAAACUUACUCCAAUAAGCAUGCAUUCAUUAAAGUCAACUCAUUUUCGCACUGCCGUGAUGCAUUUAGAGUACUACUGUUACAAGAAUAAUUUGACCCUUCCAGAAUAUUACUUGUUUUCAGCAAGCAGUCACGAUGGGAAAGUUCUUCUGGUUUAUAAGAUUGUCUUCCCAUCUGUUGGAAGUAACUCCCACAGCUACUUCAUGCCUGAUAAGCUGUGUACUUCAUUGGAGGAUGCAAAAGAAUUGGCAGCCCAAUUUGCAUUGCUGCAUUUAGGCUCCAAUUUCCAUCACAGUUCAGUGAAUGACUUGUCACCCAUUAAUAAUGCCUUGUCUUCUGGAUUGACAAGUGUGAUACAAUCUAGGCCUUAUUCGUACCCCAGCUACCCAUUAUCACCACCAUUGCCUCUGGCUAAUGGAAACCAUAUGGAGCAGAGAGUUUUUAUUCCCAACCAAGCUUCUUACUUCUGAAGGCCUGCGUGGUACUUUCAAAGAGAUCAGAUGCCUUUGUGUUUAUUUUUCUUUAUUUCGAAAGAUAAAAUUUGCAUUAACUGCUUUAAUUUGCAAUGUUACUUUUAAGUUGAUUCAUGUUUAGGAUAAUGUUGCCAAGCUUUCGUGGUGUUCAUAUGCAGUUGUUUUAAUGCACACAAUAAUUCCCCUUUCACACUUAGCCCCUGACCCAGGAUAUUGCCGACGCAACCAGGGUCCUGGCUUGGUGUGAAAGGGACCUGGGUUUGGUGCCCCAGUAAUUUGACACGUUGCUACCUGGGUUGAACUCGGGACCAACCCAGGUAGUCUUGAGUGUGAAAGUAUGACCCGGGUCACUCUAAGAGUAUGGAUGUCAUCCUUUAAGCACCGGCAAAGGCACAACCCAGCAAUAACCCGUGUCCAGAAUGCAGUGUGAACACGGUUUCAAGCAGCUGGACAUGGCUUGAAAUCAUGUUUAAUAACAAAGGUUGGAGCUGGGUUAUUUGGGUACUAGGGGUAUUAGUGAAGUGUUCUUGCUGCCUGCAUAUAGAGUGGCAUCAUUCACGUGGCAGAAACUUGCACUUACCGGUAUAUGCUACAGUAUGCAGUUGCACACAAACUUAUAUUGGCCUAGUUUCUUAAAGGGAUACUAAUAUAUAUGUUGUUCUUAGCCAUUUGAGUAUGCUAUACAGUUGUCACCCAAAUGGAUACACUGCCUAUACAUCCUAUCAGGUAUCACAGUGGGAAAAAAUACAGUUUAAUGCUCAGUCUUCACUAUUUAGUAUUUAUCCAGUAAUAUGACUAAUGCAAUUUCAUUUAUUGUUGUGAGUCCUUAGGCCUAAAUAUCACUUUGAGUCAUUUUGAGAAGCAUUAAGGAUAUGUAUCAUAAUUGUGCAACAGAUGUACUUCACUGAGCACAUAUGAAUCUCAAUAAGCUGUGAAUGAUAGGAUAUGGAAAGUGAUUCUUAUAUAAAAUAUUGUCAGAUUUGUAUUAUUAAGAAUAGAAAGGUGCAGUAACACUUCAGCAGUUGUAGGGACUUUAAUUGUUAUUAAGCAAACAUUUUCAAAGUGUUGCAAAAACACUAAAGGCAAUAUACAUUUUUCUUAUGUAUAAGCAUGGGUACACAUGCUGUGAAUCUUAAAUUAGGUCCCCUUCAUAGCCUUAGAAUCUACCUAGUGAUAGGAUAAUAAAAAGUGUUUGACAAAUCAUUUGGGAGCGUUAUCAGCUCCAUGAAAAAAUAAUGCUAUUCCAACCUGCUAACAGUUUCUGUGCAACCCAUGUCAAUUAACUGGGCAAAGUAAAAAAGCUAAAAUCGUUAGUAUUAAUAUUAUUGAUAAUGUCAUACCAGAAAUAUUAUAUCUUAUAUAAACAAACUAUUUUGUAUACAAUGAAUAUCAGUCAGGAGGCAUGGAAAUGAGAAUAUAGCACGUUUGAGUAUUGCAUAAACAAACACAUUUAUGUCAAGUGAAAAAGCAGCUGCACUUUGUUUUUUAUCCAUUCGCAGAUUGUAGUAUAGGAAUUACAGUAUAACAGUUAUAACAUUUCUAAGUGGUACUGCACCAUUAUGUAUUUUGUUGUGUUAAAUGUUUUUCUAAAUGUUGCUUGUUAAAUUAGUACCUUUAGGCUUUUUGGAGAUUUUGUGUUUUUAGAAACCACAGUGGUUCAAUAUUUAAUGUUUCCAUUUAUGUUUAUUGUGCCUACAUUAAAUGCAUUCUGUAUUACUA